AUGCUUUGUAAAGAUAUUCCUAGCUGGAUAUACCGUUUGCUGAACGUUGAGGAGUCCUGGGGCGCAGAGCUACAGACCCUCGAGGGCCAUUCUGGCAGAAUUACAUCUGUGGCCUUUUCACCAAACAACCAACUUCUGGAAUCUCUCUGUUAUAAUAAAACAAUCAAGCUCUGGGAUCCCAAGACAGGUGAGCUGCGGCAGACCUUUAAAGGCUAUUCAGUGGUCUUCUCGCCAAACAGUCAACUGCUAGCAUACCGCUUUGAUGGGAAAAUCAUGCUCUGGGAUAUUACCACAGGCAAGCUGCAGCAGAUCCUUGGGGGCCAUUAUGACAGGAGUGCAUUUGUGGCGUUCUCACCAAAAAGUCAACUGCUGGCAUCUUUUUAUUUGUAUGGUGAUACGAUCAAGCUCUGGGAUUCCAUGACAGGUGAUCUACAGCGGACCCUUGAGCACCGCUCAGUUCGGUCUAUGGCCUUCUCGCCCAGCAGUCAGCUGCUGGCAACCGGCAAUUAUAGCAGCAUUAAACUGUGGGAUCUUACCACAGGCAAGUUGCAGCAUAUACUUGAAGGUCAUUCCUAUCGAGUUGAGAGUGUGGCAUUCUCGCCAGACAGCCAAUUGCUGGCAUCUGGCUCUUUCGGCAUGGUCAAGCUCUGGGAUCUUGCAACAGGCAAGCUGCAGCUGACUCUUAAGGGCCUUUCCCAUUUAGAUCCCACCACAGUGACAGGUGAGCUGCCACAGACACUUGAGGGCCAUUCCGCUAGUGUUCAGUCUGUGGUCAUCUCACCAAACAGUCAAUUGCUGGCAUCUGGUGCUAAUGAUAAAACGAUCAAGCUCUGGAAUCCCACCACAGGUGAACUGCAGCAGACCCUUAUGGAUAAUUCUGAUUGGAUUGAGUCUGUGGCCUUCUCGCCCAACAGUUAG